GGUGACAUUUAAAUUAUACAGUAGGUAUAUAUACCUUUAUACCAUUAUUAUUAUAAUAUUAUAGGGCAUUUAUUGUGACGGUUUUUUAUUCGUUUUUUUUUCCUUUGUAGCUUUUGAUUCGCUCACGCGUAUUAACCUAACCACAAACGCACACAUAAGACGUGUCGUACGCUUUAUGGACGUACCUACGCGCGCAAUUAACACGCCGCUCGCCGAGUCAAGGCCCUUUCACUAACUCGCGGCGUGUAGCGCGAGCACCAUGAAACUCUACCGGCCGCUGCACGUGUGCGCGUACCUGUUCGGUGUGUUUCCGGCCGUGCGGACGCCGGGACAGCCGCCAGCCCGGCGGUUCCGGGUCCACUGGCCGGGUGCGGUGCUCAAGGCGUUCCACACGGCGCUCUACUGGCUGGUGUCGCUGAUCGUUAGCAUAGUGUCCAUCCGGAACCUGGGCAACUACCAGAAGCUGGCCAAGAAGCUGAUGUCCACCCGGGUGCUGGACAUCGAUGAGCUGUUCGUGUACAUGAUGUUCGCCGGGAUGGCGGCCACCGCCGUGUGCCAGGCCCACAUGCUGUGGCCGCCCGUCCUACGCGCCACCAACGAGUGCUUCUUCGACCUGUGCCAGCUGGGCCACGUCACCGGUGCCUGGCAACACUUCUCCGCGUACGCCAUCGUCCUGUUCGUCGCCUACGAAUUCGCCAUGUACUUCGUCUUGAUCACGUACAAGUUCACGUUCAGUUCGGCCAAACUGAUCUGUCUGUUCCCGCCGCUGUCGAACAUCACGUGCGUGGUCAUCGAACAGUUCUUCUACCUGAUGUGCGUGUCGCUGUAUCUCCGGCUCCGCGCCCUGCACGACGACAUCGAAACGCUGGUGCACAAGGCCGAACACCCGCGCUGGAGGUGCCUGGCGUCCGUGGCCGCGGCCGGCGGCGGCGGUGGUAGACCCGUGGCCGCAGCCGGCCGGUUGGGCAUACCCGCGUUCAGCGCGGACGACAUACGCGACCUGCGGGCCGUCCACCGCGCGUGCAUGGAACUGUUCGCCCGCAUCAAUCGCCUGUUCCAGGUGCCGCUGGCGCUGUGCAUGUUCGACUGCGUGUUCCGCAUCGUCGUCUACAUGUACGGCAUAGCGUUCGACGUGACCAUCGUCAUGUGGGAGAAGAAGAAACACGUAAACUACUCGAACACCGCCAUGUGGUCGGGUUACUGCGUCAUCCGAAUCAUCCGGCUCUGGUACCUGUACCUGUGCGAACAUUACGUGACCAAAAAGAUUUUACCAAUACGAGUUUCACUUAGCUGGCUUUCAUUGAUUUUGAAUCCCGUCACAAGCCGGAGACUGAUGCCUGAGAUAAUUCUAUUUCAACAUCAACUUGAUACGAUUAAGUCAAAGUUUGAAUUAUUUGGAAUUUUAAGCAUCAAUAUGUCGUUGUUUUAUGCUGGAUUUGGCACUACAUUGGCGUAUUUAGCGCUUUUACUACAGUUCUUUGCAUUUAAUCAGAUUUCAAUGGCAUCCAUUUCCACGAACAACGCAACAAACACAAACGAAUAAUUUAUUAUUAUUGAGCUAUCAAGGCAAUUAUACGAUUAAAAACCAUACAUUUGAGUGAUUACGUAAAGAUAUACAUUAAUAUCAAGUGUAAUUUAAUCAUACGCUUCAUAGUUACAUAAUAUAUAUAUAUAUAUAUAUGUAUAUAACCAUAUAUACAGCACAACUACUUUACGCGCAACGAAACAUGUGUAAUUUACUUUAAUACAUUAUUAUCAAACUGUACUUAAUGAAGAAUAUACAAAUAAAUUAUAAUACAUGACAAGAGGAGAAAAUAAUGGAAACACAAGAUUAAUUCAUCCGAAAACCACUUAAACGGAAAAUCAUUAAGCAAUGGGGGUACAUGACUAUCUAUUAAGCUACUUAAUAAAAUUAAAUUGAUUGAUAAUAAUUAGAGCUCGGAUUUUAAAAUAUAAUAAGCAACUAAAAAAGCACACGAUUGUUUUAAAAAAGAAGAAUAUUUAUUUUUAAAAAAAGCAAAAAAAUUAACAUGAACUAGUUAUAAAAAUAAUAAAAAAAUUUGAAAAAUAAAUUUAAAUUAAAAAAAGAAUUAAUUACCAUAGA